AUUUUGAACCGAAAGCAGCACCCCGAUGCAUCCAAGCGCCGGGAAUGGAGGCGGAAUACCGUGCCAAGAGCGCGGGGUCGGUCGGCGUCCACCGCUGCCAGCGUCGGGUAAGGUUCAGGCAGGAGAUAAGAAGGAUGCCUUUGUGAGGGGCGAGGGCCCGAAGGGAACCACAAGAAACACGGCAGCCGACCGGACGUGUCUUCGGCCACAACAAAGAUGGCGACCGACCGGAAGUGGCUGCGGCCACAACAAAGAUGGCCGCAAGAAAGGGCGGGAAAUGAAGGACCAAGGUCCGUGUUUGGGCUGCCUGCCCGCGCCCCGAGCCGUUCUCCGCGGCAUUGCCAGGCGUGCGGACACGGGCCGUGCGCCCAGCGGCACCGCGGGCACGCCGGAGCCCGGCGGGCGCCGGCAGGCAGCUGCGGCACGCCUCUCUCUGCCGGGCUCCGCCUCAGGAACGACCCUUCCCGUCUCCAGUCUGUGUUCCCUCCCGGCUCCCCUCCCGCCCGGGGAAACGGAGGAAAACACAAAUAACAUCGAGGAAGAAAGAACAGCCUGCAGAGCUGCCCGAGCCAUCGCCCUGCCCGCAGCCGGGAGCAGCCAGCAGGAGGAGGCAGCUGCUUUCUCAGCCAGAAAGAGAUUCAGCUGUGGGGAAGCUGCAGAGAAGGCUGCCUGGCACAGCCCCCCAGAAUGGGCCUCCCCCGACUGGGCUCCCGCAGAGGAUGGGGCAGUUGCAGCCCCCUGUCAUUCCUGUGAGAUUUGGGACUGUCUCCAUGCAGGAAGCAGCACAGGGGACUGGCCGAAGGGCUCGGGCUGGGACACGGCCCCAACAGGAGCAGCCCUGGCACACUGACACGGGAGGAUGAGCCCAGGUGAGGAGCACGGGCCCAGCGUGGCACCAAGACAGGCAUCUCCUGUGGGUUAUGUGGGGCUGUGCUGUGCACCCUGGGGGUGCUGACUGACCCCCUUUGUGCCGAGACAGAGGAGAUGCUGCUGCACCACGUCCCCAGGAGAGCCCCUGCCUCCUUCUGCUCUCAGGGAUGGGACUGGGAGACGCCUCCACGCCGAGAGUGGCACUUGGCAUGGCUUCAGUCCCCAGUGGAAGAGGCUGGGCUCCCCGCUGCCCAGAGCUCCUGGUUAGGGACACCCACGCCUGCGCCUGGCUCAGAGUCCAGGGUGCACUCAGUCCGGAUCCAGCCUCGAGACGUUCCUGCUGCAGCUGCAGGUGAGCUCAGCUCUCCCUCAGGGACACCUGUGCCUGUAACAGCUCCAGCCCAUGGAGCCCCUGCACGAGAGCUGUUCCUGGUUCUCACAGCUCCUGCUCCUGCACCCCUUGCUCACUUACUGCUCAGGAUAUCUGAGGGCCCAGGUGAUUUCUGUUCCUUCUGCUUGUUUCACUUGCAGGUGUUUCCCAGUCCAGCUUGCUGAACCUCCAGCUCUGACUGUUCUUCCUUCCAGCUCUGGCUCUGAGAUGCUGCACUUGAUGGCUGCUCCAGUUCCUUCCAGCUCUGGGUUGGUUUUUUCAAGCGCCACUACAAGGAGAUGCUGGAGGGCACCAAGACCCCCGGGGUGCCCCAGGACUGAGUGAGAGGAGCCCAAAAAUUUUGGGCACCCCAUCCCCCCAAAAUAUUAAAUUCACAUGGAAGCUUCCCCUGUAUUUGUGUGGAGUUUUUUGAAAUUAUUUUGGAAUUUUUUAGGGGGGGUUUUGGGAAACUGGGGAGGAGGAAACACUAAAAAAUAAAAAAAUAAAUUUAAAAAGGAUU